ACCCGCCAACCACCAUCCACCACGCAUCGACUUGUGCAAAUCCUAUCGCAAACAAGCAACGGCACAGUCCAGGAUCUGGGUAGUGGCCGUUAUCAGUGAGGCCAAGCCCUGCAGCGCCAUGUGGGAAUGCACUAGGAACCGGUUUUGCGUACCUGCGCAAGGCCUGGUAGACUAGUGACGGCAUAAGGCGUCUAGAGAGAUGGUGAAGAGCGGUACAUUUACGACAUGGAUAAAUCACCGCGAUGAACGCCCCUUGAAACCCCGCACAUUGUGCACCGUGUGUCCACUGGCGAUCUGUGGCCAUGCUCAACAUCAGUCAUUGUCGAAAAGACGAUCAAUACGGUCUUCAUCGAAGCCAACAAAGCGAUACAGCCAUGCCAUCCUCCGUAUCAGAGUCAGCGGCCAACUACUCGACGCCCAGCAGCAACAAGGAGAGGGGAAGAAAUGAUAGCGGUUUGGCGGCGUCCCAUGUUCCCACCAAACCACCACCAAGUCGCACGCCUUCAACACGCAUAGCCCACCCAGCGCGACCACGACGCCAACAUGGACAAACUGCAGACUCGGUACCAACCAAUACACGCCCUCAAAGGCCGGGCCUUGAGCGCCGCCGCACCACAGCACGCACACGCUACAUGGACAUGCUCCUCGGCCUCGACUCCGUCUCCCCACUGCACAACCUGCUGUGUUCAGGGUUCGUCUGGCUCCUACUAGCCGGCUACAUUGUCUUUCCCGCGACCUUUACCAAACUCCAACGCACCGAAUCGAAGCCCGGGGACAAUGGCUUCAGUGCUGCGGCUCUGAAAACCGUGCGCAACAUUCCUCUGCUGUACGUCGCGGCCUUUGCAUGUGGCAUUGGCGUUGUGGGCUGUUUGUGGCUGUGGUGGCAACAUCGCAAGAACUACGUGUGGGUGAUUCAUAGGAUUUUCCUGCCCGCACUGCUGAAUAGCAUUGCCGGCCUCAUCUCGACGAUUGUGAAUGUGUAUUCGGCGCAGGACGGGCAGUACAGUGUUACUGCUCGUGUGACGAUUGUGGUCACGGCAGCAUGCAGUGUCAUUGCUGCUGCACUAUUCUUGAUCUACAACACCAUCAUGCUGGGCAUUGUGCGGAGGAGACACGAAAGGGAAAUUGCGGCUGUUGAGAAGGAGCAGGCAAGACGAGACGCCAGUCAUGAAGAGGCAGUUUGAAAAUUGCCGUUUUUUUUUGUGUCUUCUUUUUUCUUUGUUUUCUUCUUUCACUACAAGAUCCAGCAGCAGUGCUAAACGUUAUUCCAACCCCCCAUCUUAUCCUUGAUGAAAAAAAAAAACCCCUCCCCUCUCCCAAAACUCCAUAUUCCCAUACAACAAUGAAAUGGAAUGAU